AUGACCACAAACAACCUCUUCCAGUAUUCGAUUCUUAGUGCUCUAAUGAAGGUUAUCUGCGAAACUGGAAUAAACGUCAAAGAUACUCUCACCAACGGAAACCACGGCCUCGGCACAGUCUGCAACUUGAAUGAAGAAAUAGUCAUAAUAGACGGCGAAGUAUACCACUUCCCUCCAGGCGAGAAACUACGCAAAAUUGAAGUUUCAGAUACCCUGCCCUUCGUCAUGGUUACAAGAUUCAAACCUACCAUCGAGAAGACAUUGCCUUUCCUUACCAUGGGUUCACUCCCAGCAGCUCUGGCGCCUCUUCUUCCCUCUCAGCAGAACUGCUUCCUGUCUGUUCGAGUCGAGGGGCGAUUCGAUCAGCUUAGGUUUCGUGUUAUUGCGGCUCAGUCGAAACCACGCGAACCUCUUGCUGAAUUGGUUAAGCGGCAGAAGGAAGUCACUUGCUGUGACGUUAAGGGGACUCUAUUUGGAUUUUGGUCGCCGGCUUUCAGUGGCGGGUUUAGCGUUGCUGGGUUUCAUUUGCACUUUUUGUCGAAAUGCAAGACUCAGGGGGGGGGGGGGGGGGGGCAUGUUUUGGGCUUUGCUGCAAGGGAAGUUAGACUUCAAGCUGCUGCUAUUCGCGACUAUACGGUUGAGUUGCCUCAAAACAAGGACUUUAAUGAGGGGAUUAUUGGAAGCGUGAGGGAGGCGGAGCUUCAUGCGGCGGAGGGUGGUUAG